AGGUCAUGGAACGGAGCCCAGAGAAAGUAAGUAUAAAACACGCCGAAGAAAACCUAGAUGACCUUUGGCGUUGGAAGCUUGCAAAUUGCAAUCGGAAAGAACCUCAACAGAGAUCAGUCGUAGUGGGAGUUUCGCCAUGGCCGAAAGCUCUUGCAAGCUUGAAAAUCAUCUGGAAACGAUGCGAGCAGAAGAGAACAUUUCAGAUCCAGCCCCAAUGGUUGUGAAGAAUGCUGCCGCUGCGGCUUCCCUAAGUGUCAGUCCUGACAUUAAUAAGAUGAAGAAGAAGAAGAAGAGGAAACCGACAGUAGUAAUAUCUCCGGUUAGAGCUUUUCUUUUAGACACUUGGAAUAUGAGGCACGUGUGGAAGAAUGCGAAUGGUACAAGUAGUACUGAAAAACAUAUAGACCCUUGGCUUUUGAGGGAGACGGACCCAGAUUGGGUACCAGUGGCUGUGGAGAAGGAUGCAAGGAGUGAUAUUGCUGAGAUUGACGUGAAGAAGUACCUUGUCCCUAAGGAUGCACUUCUUGGAGAUUUUAUUGCUUAUGUUCGGAUGUGGAUCUUUCUAAAGAAAAGAAAACCUAUAUUUGUCUUCUUCAAAAACACUGUACCUCCAAAGGGUGCCACUUUGGGUGCAAUUGAUGAGGAAAAUAAGGAUGAUGAUGGAUUUCUUCACAUGACCUACAGUGGGAAUGAUACCUUCAGCUACAGUGGGAAUGUUGUGACCUGUUGAUUAUUUAUAGUUUAUCCUCUUUAUCUUAAGAUCAAUGGGCUAGUUUAUUAUGGUGCUAUAAGUGUUUAUGUUUUGAUAUCGCAAGGGAUUUUCGUGUUAAAAUAUUUUAAUGAUUUGCUAGUGAUCUUUAUGUGGAUUGAUGUUGGAUGAGGGAAUUCCAAUGUCAUUUGGUUGCCAUGGUUGCCUUUCAGUUAAAAGCUUUAUCGGGUUUUGCAUUUGAUCAAUCUCCAACAAUAGAGUGCCCCAAGAACCGAACCAUAUACUAUGUAAGAAAUAAAUAAAUAGAAAAGUUGAUAUAGAUCCUA